GUGUGGGAAUAAGAUAAAAGGGGGAUUAGGGGUAAUGGACCUGCGUAGGAAGAAUUGGGCUUUGCUAGGGAAAUGGUGGCAUAGAUUUGGAGAGGAUGUAGAGAGCUUAUGGAAACGAAUAGUAUCGGAGAAAUACUAUGGGGGCAAGAGGGAGGAGGUGGACAUUACAGCAGUUGGGAAUUGGAGAACAUCUAGAAUUUGGAGAGAUAUUAUUAGUGUAGGGGGUCGUUCUAGGAGGCUAAAAAAUAUGUUGGUGGAGGGGUUUAGGUGGGAAGUGGGAGAAGGGAAACGGGUAGGCUUUUGGAGAGAAUUGUGGGUCGGGUAUAAAAAUUUAAGGGAUUUAUUCCCAAGGUUGUAUGAAUUAUCUAAGAAUAAGUUGGGUAAUAUUAGUGAUAUGGGGGUAUGGGAGGGGGAAAAAUGGAGUUGGAAAAUGGAAUGGAGGAGAGGGAGAAUAGGACGAGAGAAGGAUGAGGAAGAGGUGUUGUGGGAGGUGUUGGAGAACUUUCAAUUAAAGAAGGGUGUGAAUGAUACUAGGAGGUGGAUUCAUGAUUUGGAGGGAAAAUACAUGGUGAAGAAGGCUUAUGAAUUUUUAGCUCCCACAGAGAGUAUCUUAGAGGACCAGUGGAGCAAGCUAAUUUGGUGUAGAUUGGUACCAUCCAAAGUGUCUUUCUUUGGGUGGAGAUUAUGCAUUGAUAGGUUACCAACUAAGAGGAAUAUUAUGAAAAGAAGGGUCUCUCGGCAGGAGGAGGAGUUAAUGUGUGGGUUGUGUUGUGACAUGGUUGAAGAAGCUAAUCAUUUAUUUUGUAUGUGUAAAGAACCCUGGAUUAUUUGGGUAGAGAUUCUACAAUGGUGGGGCAUGGAGACUGUUAUACCUAAUAAUAUUUUAGGAGUGGCAGAGAUUUUUGUACAAGAUGUGGGUAAGAUAAUUGGGAAGGAGAUGGGGGCUUGCAUAUCUCUUGUUGUAUCUUGGUACUUAUGGUAUUGGAGAAAUAGUAAGGUGUUUAAUAAUGGGAAUAACAUUAGAGGAAGACUAUUAGAAAUGAUUCAAGCCAAGUCAUUCUUCUGGAUCAAAAACAAGGUGCAAGGCUGUGUUUGUUCUUUUCAUGAGUGGAAAGUAAAUCCAGUUGGGUGUGCUCUAUCAAUGAGAAGAUAUAAAAGGGAGCUGAAGCUGUUUCGUAAACAGCAGAAAGGUUCGGCAACAGAGUAAGAGUGGAUGGGUGCGAGAUACUCCAUUGUGGUGCAGCAGUCUGGAAAGUCGUGAUAUUCAUGAAAUUGUUUGUAUGUCCAUUUUGUGUUUAAAAUGAUUAUUUUGAAUUUAUUCUGUAGAUUGGUUUGUGAAGCUUCAGUUGGUGUGGUUCUUUGUAAUAUCCUUGAUGAUACUAUAUUUGUAAUGGGUAGGAGUACCCCUUGUACUCCAUAAAAUAAAUUUAUCUUUGCUGA